AUGGCUUGGCUGGCGACGGUGGCGCUGCUGGCGGCGUCUGUCUGCCAUAGAGCGCGCGCGUCGACCGGCGAGGACCCGUACCUGCUCGCCGCCCGGCGCGGCUGCCAGGAAGGUUCCGGAAGGUUCGGGGAGGCUCGGGAGGGAUCGGCGAGGUUCGGGUGCGCUCGGUUCCACGCGCUCGCGGCCCUGGAGGAGCUGCUGGCGGCCGCCGGGUCGUCUCCCUGGCGCCUGGUUGGGCCCCUGGCGCUGGUGCCUUCCGACGGGGGCCCCGCGGCGGACGACCGCCUGCUGCAGGCGCUUCGUCCGAACCCACAGCAUCGCCUUGGCCCUGCCGGCAGCCCCCCUCUCCCGCGGAGUUGUUUUGGCGUGGUUUCGCCAGACGAGCCUCGCCUCGGGAAGAAGGAGGUUCUCUUGCUGAUGCCCCUGGCGAUGAUCAGCCUGAAGGCGCUGAUGGUGCCCGUGCUGCUGGGGGUGUUGUUCAUCAAGAAGCUGCUGGUGGUGGGCGUAAUGCUGCUGCCCACCCUCCUCAGCUGGCUCAAGAUCUGCAAGCGGCCGCGCUACUCGUGGCUGACCGUGCACGAGCCCGAGGAACACCCGUACCACUACCACGCGGAGCACGAGACGAGUCCGUACAGCAGCUACCUGUCGGCCGACGACCACAGCGAGCACGGGCUCGGGUACAACAGGAGGCGCUGGCGAACUCGCGCCACGGGACGGGGAACGUCCUGGUCGCCUGUGGAUGCCGUGCCUUCCGGCGAGACGGGGGGCAGCCGCGAGGCUGGUACCAUCCGGCCUCCCGGGAGCAGCUAGCGGCGUUUACUUGCCCGGCCGAGCUGAACCGCUAGCGGUCUCGCAUUGGCCAACCUCUCGGAACAGCUAGAAACAAAGACUACCCAGUGGAGCUUAUCCUUGGAUUGGCCAACCUCUCGGUACAGCUAGAUACAAAGACUUGCCGGCCGAGUUUAUACCUGGAUUGGGUAACCUCUCGGUACAGCUAUAAACAAAGACCUUGCCGACCCAGCUUAUCCUCGGAUAGGCCAAACUCUCGGUACAGCUAUAAACAAAGUCUUUCCAUCUGAGCAAAGUCUGCCAGCGGGUUGUUUUAACAGCCUUCCCGUAUCACCUUAGAAGACUGGAUUUGGCCAGGCUUUCAGUUAUUUAUGUUUACUUAAUGAUCAACCUCAGCCGGCUAGUGGGAUUUGCCGGGUCUUUUCAAGACAACUGGACUUUCCGACCAAGCUGAAUUUGCUAGCAGCUUUUAUUGCCCAGACUUUCGGAACAGCUAGAAGCACAGACUUUCCGGCUGAGCUAGUCCUGCAAGUACUUGGACAGUAACUAGCAUCCUAGGACAGCUACUAGUCUGGAUGUUUAAACUAAGAAAAUCAUUGUUUUGGCAGCAUUUCUAGGUUACCUAGAAGAUUAUACUGCCCCAUUGUCCAGGACAUAUGGUAGACUUGCUAGCGAAGCUCCUGGGACCGCUAGAGAAUUGGACUUGCUGACCAAUACUAACCUGGCAAUGGCUUGGUUUUUGCCAAAAUCCCGGAGAAACAAGAAUCCAGGAUUUGCUGGCUUGAGUUAAGCAGGUAGCCAACCUCGUACAACAGCUAGAAAUCUCGGACGUGCUGAGCAUUCUUAACCUGCUAGUGCCUUGGGUUAGUAGUCUCCCCAGAAUUUUUGAAUUGGCCAGCUUUUUAGAACAUGCUCAUCUUCUAGUGACUUGGAUUCGCCAGCUUCUCAGUAAUGAAUGUAUCCUAUGUUGAACUAUACUAAACAGGCCAGCUAGCUGCUUGUUUUGGCAGUCUUAGACUAAGAUUAACCAGCUAGCAGCUUAAAUUUCCCCGCCUCUUUAAGUGACCUAUAUUCCUACUUCUUGGCGGUCGUGUUUAUGAGUAGUAGCCACUGGACCACUUUGUUAUAUCAAACACCCAACAUCCCAGGUGCUAUCUCAGUGAAUUUGACCUCUAAUGUUUUUAGAAGUCUUGUGAUAUCCCUAAUAUGAAUUUGUAUAUGUAUAAUUUUAAAUGCCUGCGCUUGCUGUCAUUAAAAACUCUACUAUUAUCUGAGGUCUGUAAGAAGCAAUAAAUUUGCAUAUGGCUAUGUGGUAAAAAUUUGUCAAUCUGCUUGAAGUGGUAUACUUGAGGAACAUUGACUAUGAAAAGGAUUUUAUAAUAUAAAAAAAACCAUACCACAUAAGAAGGCAGAGAUAUAGCAACAAUGUGACUCUCUGGAGAUAUUUGAACAAUUUAUUGUAUUUAAUUAAGUGGAGAGAGUAAAGAAUAUAAAUUUAUU